AUGACCGCGUUUAGCCGUUCCUCUUUAGAAGAAUUAUUGAAAAAGCGCUUUUUCUACGCGCCUUCUUUUCAAGCAUACGGUGGUGUUGCGGGACUUUAUGAUUAUGGUCCUCCCGGCUGUGCUCUUCAGGCUAAUAUCAUCGAUUUAUGGCGUAAACAUUUCGUGCUAGAAGAAGAAAUGCUUGAAAUGGAUGGUGCAAUUAUUACUCCCGCAGAUGUUCUAAAAACAUCUGGUCAUGUGGAUAAGUUUAGUGACUGGAUGGUUAAAGAUACAAAAACUGGUGACAUUUUUCGCGCGGAUCAUUUAGUUGAAGCUGUUCUAGAAGGAAGGCUAGAUGGCGAUAAACAGGCUGAAAAUAAUGAAAAUAAUGCAACAUCUCAAAAAGAUAAAAAGAAGAAAAAGGGUGCAGUUCAAGCU